UAUCUAUCACCAUUGCCAUGGCGCUCUCCCCGUUUUCACUGAAUCCAUCAACUUCUUUUUCUUCCUCGUCGUCCUCAUCAUUAUUAUCAUGCAAUUUCAUUAAAACUCAGUCACUGCAUCUUCUACUUCUCCAUUCCCAAACUCACACCUCCAUUGCUUACAGAGCUUUAAAGUUCAGAACUUGUUGUGCUCAGCGGGCUGUCCAAGUUGAUACCUUGCAACAACCCGAACGAGUUGAAGUAGCGUUUGAGACCGCGAAGCAGAGGAAAAAGAGGAAGCCCAGGCCAAGCUUUUUAGAGCAAAUUCAGUAUAAAUGGUCUGCGAAACCUGGGUCUCUGAGACAGAAAUUUCCUUGGCAAGAACAGAAGGAAAAAGAAGAUGAAGAAGCUAAGGAAGAGGAUAAGGAGAAUGUGAGUGAGCAGUUUACUGAUGAUGCCUAUGAAAUUGAGCCGGAAAAUCAACCAUCGUUGAGUGACUCAGUAAAUUUUGCUCGGCCGAGUAGUGUUAUUUCGGCUCCCUGGGAUCAUGGAAAGAAACCCUUUAAACGCGAGGCUAAGCCUGAGACUGAAAUCCCGGAAAAUGGUGAAGGGUUCAAUGAACUUAAAGAUGAUGAUGUUAAGAAACCCAGUGGCAUAUUUGAAAGAGAAUUUCAAUACGGCAAUAAUGGUGUUGAAAGACCCAGUAGCAUAAUUCAGAGAGAAUUUCAAGCAACAAGUGAUGGAAUUUCAAAGGAGGAAAAGACGGUUUCAAUGGAUGUUGAUAAAACUCUUUAUGGGAAUGGAGAGAAUGUGAAUUUGAUUGACUCUGAUUAUGAUUCUGAUGAUUCGGUAUUGGAACUGAGGGAAGGAGACAAGGUGAAUAGGAGAAGGAGUAGCACGGUAAUGGCGGAGAAAAUGCUUCCCGAACACGAACUUAAGAGGCUCAGAAACGUUUCUUUGAGAAUGCUGGAGAGGACAAAGGUGGGAGCUGCAGGUAUAACACAAGCUUUGGUGGACGCCAUUCAUGAAAAGUGGAAGUUAGAUGAAGUGGUGAAGUUGAAGUUUGAAGAGCCUCUUUCCAGUAACAUGAGAAGGACACAUAAAAUUUUAGAGACUAAAACUGGAGGUUUGGUUAUAUGGAGAUCAGGCAGUUCAGUAGUCUUGUAUAGGGGAAUGAACUACAACUUACGUUGUGUACAAUCAUAUACCAAACAAAUAAAGAUGUAUUCACACACGUUGCCAUACUUAGAAGAAGGUGUCACAAGUGAUCCCAUACACGAUAUACAAGAGAAGGAUUCAGUUAAAACUAAGGAUUCAGCAAAGGGUCUGCCUGAAGGAGAUAUCACAGACUUGAAUGAUCUUAACCAGUUCUUAGAUGAGCUAGGACCACGUUUUAUCGAUUGGUUAGGUCGUGAGCCGCUCCCUGUUGAUGCCGAUUUGCUACCUGCAGUGGUUCCAAACUAUAAGCCUCCAUUCAGACUUCUCCCUCAUGGAGUAAAACUUGGUCUGCGAAACAGGGAGAUGACAGCAUUUCGUAGGAUUGCAAGAACAAUUCCUCCACAUUUUGCUUUAGGGAGAAACCGAGAACUACAGGGUUUGGCUCGGGCUGUGGUGAAGCUGUGGGAAAGGAGUGCCAUUGCUAAGAUAGCCAUCAAACGAGGUGUACAAAAUACAUGUAAUGAGAGGAUGGCGGAAGAACUCAAGACGUUAACAGGCGGAACAGUACUUUCUAGAAACAAAGAUUUUAUCGUCUUUUACAGGGGAAAUGACUUCUUGCCGCCUGUUGUAACGCAUGCCUUGAAAGAGAGGAGAAAGCUAAGAGAUCUUGAGCAAGACAAGGAAGAACAGGCCCGAAAGAUGGCCCCAGCCUUCAUUGAGUUGAAAAGCAAAGUUUUAUCUGACCAAUUGGUUGCUGGAACCCUUGCAGAAUCAAAGGCAGCAAUUGCCCGCUGGGGUAAACAGCCAAACAAUGCGGAUAUUAAAGAAAUGAUAAAAGAAUCAACUUUGGCAAGACGUGCAUCCAUACUCAGACAUCUUGAGAAGAGACUAUCUCUUGCAAAAGGGAAGCUAAAAAUAGCUGAUAAAGCUUUAGCAAAGGUGCAGAAAAAUUUGGAUCCAUCGGAGCUUCCUGAUGACCUGGAAACCUUAACUGAUGAAGAGAGAUUUUUGUUCCGCAAGAUGGGUCUGAGCAUGAAACCUUUCCUGGUUCUAGGAAGGCGAGGAGUUUAUGGUGGUACCGUAGAGAACAUGCACUUGCAUUGGAAAUAUCGUGAGUUGGUGAAAAUCUUUGUGAGAGGAAAGAGUGUAGCACAAGUAAAACACAUUGCUAUUUCAUUGGAAGCUGAGAGCAAAGGGGUACUAGUAUCUAUAGAUAAAACUACGAAAGGGAUCGCAAUUAUUGUCUAUCGUGGGAAGAACUAUCAGUCCCCUCUUACUUUUAGACCUAAGAAUUUAUUGACAAGAAGGCAGGCAUUAGCUCAGUCAGUUGAACUGCAAAGACGAGAGGCAUUGCGGCAUUACAUCUCAGACUUGAUGGAGAGGAUUGAGUUAGUGAAGUCUGAAAUGGUGGAAGAAACAAGAAAUGGGAACAUGACUGAUGCUGAAGACUCGUUGCAGAAAACAGAGGAAUUUUCUCUGUCAUCCGAAGAAGAAGAAACAGAGGAUGAUGAGGGGGAUGAGCCAUAUCUUGAGCCAUAUGACUGUGCUGCUGAUGAUGAUGAGGAUUACUACAAUGAACAUGAGGAAAGUUAAGUAAUUUCAUGGUUUUGCCAACUGACGACUCAUUUGGAGAUUGAGGAAUUGCAUUUGAUCUCACAAAAUAGCAAUGGUGAAUCUUACAAGAUAAAGAAAGCUCGCUCUCAUUACUGGAGCUUUCAAAUCAGAUCAUCAAUGAUCAGUAGUUAUCACUUAUCUGACUCGGGUUCUUGGCAUGAACGUGGUAUAGUGGAGAAGAAAGCUAAAGCCUAAAAAGCAGGCAGGCUCCAUUUAAAGGGGAGAUGGAUAUUCAGGAUAAGGGAGAUGGAUAUUCAGGAUAAGAUUAUCUGCCGAGCUAUGGUACUUGUAAAUCUUUCAGGAGAAAAGGUUACAGAUACAGUGAGGUGAUUUCCAUUUAUAGCUUUCAAUCUGAGCUGUGAUUAGAAACUGUGUAGAUUGUAAUUUUAUUUAUUUAUUUUUUUUGAUAGAACAGAUUGUAAUUUAAAACACAGUACAUUAUAUAUUAAGCUAUACCAUCAGCCUUUUUUUA